AACGGAAAAAUUUAGAUGAAAAUCAGUUCUAUUAAUAUUUACACUUUGAAUGCUAUUUUUAUUCGCGGGUUUUUUCUGUUCUCUAAACAUAUCACUUUUCGCCUCUUUAUUUACAGAUGGUUUGUUGAUAUGGAUUCAGUGUUUACCAUGUUACUUAUCUUAAUUGUUCAACUUUUCAAUCCUAAUUCAAAUGGAUGCCAAUUUAAUGAUUGAAAUUGGACGAUUUAAAAUUUAAGAGUUUUUCCUUUAGCUAACCAUUUCAUCCGACUUCAAUAUUGUCUGGUUUAAUGUCUAGUAAUCAAAUUACAUCCUGCUUUAUUCAAACUUACCUGCAGCCAUCAAAUCGUUUAGAUUAGGAUCAAUUGAUGACGAACCAUUUUGUAACUUGAUGCAUUGAAUCUUAAAUGCUAACCAAUGUUAAACUUACGUCAAUCUAUUUUAUUAAGGAAUAGUUUCAUCGAUGUACGAUUUCUAUCAAAGAAAUUAAUUAAGAGCAAGAUUGAUUAUUCUUUGGUCCCUAAGCUUGAUGAAAAAGAUUUGGAUGAAACAUUUACUCAUGGAAGUGGACCUGGAGGUUCGAAAGUUAAUAAAUCUGAAAAUUGUGUCGUCUUAGUUCAUAAACCUACAGGCAUUGUGGUAAAGAAUCACGAAUUUAGAGAAUUGGAGCGUAACCGUAAAAGAGCUAGAGAAUUAAUGGUUACUAAGUUGGAUAAUUUCAUCAACGGCGAUAGAAGUGUCGAAGCCCAAAUUAGGGCCGUUGAAGAUGAAAUAAGAAUUAAAAAAGAGGCUGAAGCUGCUAAAAGACGCGAAUUAAAAAGAAAAGUAAAGGAGCUUUGGGACAAAGGAAAUCCACCGACUGAAAAAAUCCAUGAUCAGAUGGAGACUAAUACUGACUCUACAAAAUAAUCAAUCAAAUCGGCUAAAAAUACAGACUUUUAGUGAUGCCAAUAAUCCCUUUUAAGGCUUAAGUGAAAGGAAAUAUUUUGUUUUAAUAAGUUUUGUUAUUCUAAAUUGGUAGUCACCGACUCUCAUUGCUACUACAAUUCAAAGUUUCCGAGAAUAAACUUUGUUAUAUUUCAGCUUCCAUGUCAUACCAGAGAAGAUAUUUUGUACAAGUCAGUUUCAUACUCAAAA